GUGUGCCUACGGAGUGGUUGUUGCCUAUCCAAUUGUACAAUAAAACAAGGUGCUGCUUGUGUUUCUGGACUUUGCUGCAAAAACUGUCAGUUGCAUAGACAAGGGAAAAUAUGCAGAGAAAGUAUUGGUGAGUGUGACCUUCCUGAGUACUGCAAUGGGACUUCAAGCUGGUGCCCAGAGGAUGUAUUUAAGCAGGAUGGAACUCCAUGCGGUGACAAAGACUGUUGUUUCCAAGGGAAAUGCCAUAACCACGAGAGACAGUGCAAAGCUGUAUUUGGCAAAGCAGCACAUCUGGCCCCACUGAGUUGUUUCAAAGCAGUGAAUACUGAAGGUGACCGGUGUGGCAACUGCGGUGGGGAUGGACUUACUUACAAUAAAUGUGAAGAGAAAGAUGUCUUGUGUGGAAGACUGCAGUGUGUUAAUGUUAAAAAAAUACCUCAAAUGAAAAGUCUUGGGUCCAUAGUUCAAACUCCAGUUGAUGAUAUCUUGUGUUGGGGUACAGAAUUUCAUGCUGGGAGGGACAUGGUGGAUGUUGGCUCAGUGAGAGAUGGCACACCAUGUGGCGAUAACAAGAUAUGUAUAAACAGGACAUGUGUCAAUAUAAAAAUUCUGGAUUACGAUUGUAAUUACACAAAAUGCAGUAACAGAGGGCUGUGCAACAGUAAGAAAAACUGCCAUUGUGAUUUUGGUUGGGCCCCUCCAGAUUGUAAAUUAAAAGGCUUUGGAGGAAGUGUUGACAGUGGACCCCCUCCGACUGCCAGUAUGUCCAGUAGUGAGAUUGUCAUUAUGGGAAUAGCAAUAGGAAGCAUCCUUCUUCUUCUUCUGGUUCUCAGCUUUGCUGUGCAUAAAAGAGCUCAAAUUGCUCGGGUCUUUAGCAG